AUGUUUAGGUAUAGACUGAUAUCUCCACAAGUUAGAGGGAUUAGGCUCCCAUCUUUGCCUAAUAAAGCUUCUCUAUCCAAAUACAAGUUAAUUCCUCCACCUCCAGGAGGAGUUACUGGAACUGUAAAUGAUACCUUACCCAAAUCAGAACCAAACUGGUUUCAUGGUUCGUAUCACUGGGACUAUGAACGUAUUACCGCUGUGUCCCUAAUCCCAUUAACAAUGGUACCACUCUACGGGGCGAUGUCAUCUGCUACCUUCGCAGCUACAUUUCCAGUUCCAAUCAUCGAUGCUGUUUUAGCAAGUACUAUACUUAUACAUUCAUAUUUGGGUAUCACUAGUUGUAUUAUUGACUAUAUCCCACUAAGAAAGUUUGGUUUUUGGCAUAAGGCAGCAAAGUUUGCCUUGGCCCUUGGAAGUUCAAUAAGUCUUUACGGGAUCUACGUUUUAGAAACGGAGAAUAAUGGAUUGAUAGAUUUGAUUACAGCUCUUUGGGACAAAGAAAAGGGUGACUCAAGAGCAUAUUUAUUUGAAAGAAGGUACUGA